AUGGACACUAUAAAUAACCCCAACGACCACGACUUGGAGGAGGACAGAGACUUGAUUUUCGAGAGAGAUGUGGAAGAUCCAGGAAUGGCCUCGACGCUGACUCUCACGAGAGCUUCGACUCUCGACAACAUGUAUGCGCCUGUUCCCGAACAGGCUUUGCGCUUCACCUCGCCUUCCUCGCCGCUGUCCUUGUCACGGCGUCAGAGUUCAAACAGUCUCUACUCCCAGAACGGGCUUCGACAGUGCGUCACGCAUACAGGUGCGCCAAGACUGAACGAGAACCCGUUGACAGAACCGCAAAACACCAUACACCAUACACUGGAGAACAUGAUCCCCCCGGCUCUGGACGCAAGUUGUUCCAUUGUCACCGACGACAAUACGGAUUUGAACCAGGUCGACAUGAUCUACUCGCCAAGACCAUCCACGCUGGGUCUCAGCUCUGCAUUGGGCAACUACAACUCGACCUCAACGUCCAGCAGUCCCGUGCUGUUCAGAUCGUACUCCCACACAACCUCGUUCCCAACUGCAGGCACAAAGAAUAGUAGUCUCUCGACGUCGAAAUCCCCACCUCUGGCCCUUACAAGAUCGUACUCAAACAACUACCAACUUCCUGCGAGCACCGAGAACAACAUCAGCAGCAACAACAACAACAGGGUGUUGCGGUUCUACUCGUAUUUCGAUAUGUUGUCGGACGAAUUGAAUAGCCAUCCAAUCUCAAGGGCACCUUCAGCUUUGCAGCAACCGGAUGCAACUAUCACGGCUUUCAAUAACCCUUUCGAUCCAAUGCAAGCUCGUACUGGUACGUCACUGGAGAAAAAUAAAAACAAGGCAUCCGAAAAGAAAAGUCCCAAGCAGAGUGUGGCAGGUUUCCACAUAUCUCUAGGAGAAAGCGACGCCUAUACCACAGAUGAAGAAGAAUCCGAAGAGCCAACAGAUACAGAUGCAAAUGCUAACGCUCAAAAUAGAAACGUUGUUACCUUCUUGCAACAUCCAAGGCCAAGUGUGGCAGUGAAAAACUCUUUGGGGUCGCACUUGUCAAGAUCAAGAUCAAACUCGUCGAAUUACGCAUUCACAGCUAAUAGAAACCCAUUGAUGAUAAAUAGUAAUACUUCCCCAACUGGCAGCGUGUCACAAUCAAAAAAUAAUAGUAGCUUACUGACUCAACCGCAUUCACCACCAAUGCGAGGACGAGCAUAUUCACACACGACUGGAAUUCCUUCUUCAAAUGCCUCUGUGCCAGCAAAAUCAUUGUCGCUGCGCAAGACAAAUACAUUUUCAACUUCCAAUCAAUUAAGAAGGUCAAGAACUCCAGGCCAUUACAUGUCAAUAAAUGAUGACGCUUUUGCACCUUUGCAAACCGAGUGUAUAGGUUCAGUUUUAAGGAAGAAAAUUAGUCGUACUGCCGAUUCUUUAGAUAGUUUAACAUCUUAG